UGGGAAGAAGAAGGAGGCUGUCGAGGUUGAGCUUCUGAUCAGGGAGGUUUGGGCAGAGCCAGUGUCAAAAAGGUAAAUUACUGCCCCCUCUGGUGGACACAGAAAUCACCUCAGGACCAGAGUCCCUUACUUUCUGUAAGAACCCAGAGAGAGGCUCACGUGGGAGCUUGAAGAGAAGACAUUUCUUACGUCCACAAGGUGACAUCAACAACAGAUAUGGAUACUAUGAUGGACGAGGAGAUCCUCGAGGACCGGGCCAAGCUGAAGCAGGGCCUGUGCAAAGUGCUGCAGUGUGUGGCCACCAUCUCCUCUGCAGCCGCUGUGGUUAACCCCAUUUUUGGCGUGGCUGGUUCCCUGAUCAGGGUGGUGCUGCACCACAUUGAUGAUGAAGACAUCCGCACCCUGAAGCGGGAGUUCGGCUCUGUGAACAAGGGGCUGGAUCAGCUGUCCCAGAUGAACCGCAACACGCUGCUUCAGAUCAGGAAGGAAACGCUGGACGGCCAGUACUGCCGCGUGGAGGAGAACCUGAAGAACCAGUUCAGGAAGUUCAUGGCGAUGGUGGAGGCCCGGCCGGAGCACCGCGAGGGUAAGAAGGAAGACUUCGAGGAGAGCUUCGCCAAUGACUUGGGAGACCAGAACCUUCACACGCUGUAUGACGGCGUGGUGGGCAAACCUAAGCUCUUCAGCCGGCCCAUCCUGGAGGUCUACCUGAAGCACUCGCAGGGCGAUCGCCAAACUAUGGAGCUCCUCUGCACACGCCUCACCUACUUGUUCUGCAUCGGCCUCAUCGCCCUCAUGGGCUACGCUGCCGUCAUCGGAGACGACGAGGAGGGUCUGAGCGAGGAGUGGUCCGAGAAGAUGGAGCACGUGCAGACGAAGAUGCAGGAGGCUCUUUGCAGGUGCAAAUGAAGACGGAGAAGCAUGAAGAAGAGCUUUUUUCUGCAAUGCUGCUUUUCUGUCAUUUUCAGGACUCAUGGCCUCUUUCCCUCUGUGACUCCUACUGUACGUCUUCCUUUUUCUUUCCCUUCCUGUAAGCACUUUUAAAAAAUCUACUGCCUGAAAAUCCAGUGGUAGUGAACAACAAUACGUUUAUUCAUAACACUAUUUGUCCAGAUUUCCCGGAUAUGCAAAACAGACUUUGAGCCUAAGUGAUACGGAAUAUGAUAAUGAUAGACUUGAUAUCAUCACCGGCUCAAAUUCAGAGAUAACCAUCAGGAUUUGUGAUAAAUCUGGAUAGGAGUGCAGUCACUGUGAGAUUUAAAAGCUAAAUGUGAAGCUGCAGAGUUAGAACACUUAACACUACAUAUAUAAAACAGCAGAACACUACCAUGAAUAUGUUUCUGUCUGAUCCAGACAUCAUUCAGAAAUAUUGAAAUCAAUCUUUGAUGCACUUAGAUCUCACUUUACAUGUUUGACUUUGCAAUGCAGCCUGAAUCAUUCUGCACUUGAUGUUGUUUUCACAUUUCUAACACUACAAGGAAUCAGAUUAUAGAAAUGAACAAGUAGCCAUACUAAAACGUCAACACCAGAGACAUAAAUGUACGAUGUAAAGGAAUACUAAGUGUUUUAUGUUGCUGUCAUACUAAUGUACGUCCACUAGAGGGAGCUUUUUAAAGCCAAAGCGUUAUGUUGCUUUACAGCAAGUUUUACAAAAGCAGCAAACACCCAAAAGUUAUCUUAGCUAUGAAUGUAACUGCUGUGAAAUUAUCACAUUAUCAUCAUAUAUAUAAUCAUACUGCCAUGUGCAAACUAAUACAUGUACCACGGUAUGCUUCAGAUGCUUGGAGAUUAUAAUACAGUAUCCAUGAGUGUUGCUGCUAAAUAGCAAACUGAAUCUAAUUUAACUCUCCUUUCUGAUGCUGCUGAACUGACGUCUUCAUUUUCAUUCAGUCAGAAAUCCCAGGUAAAGAAUUAAAAACACUAAAUGUACACCUAAAAAUCUAAUCAGUGAUAUCACUACAUCUGAUAAAGCAUAACGACUAAGACGGAUACACUACCUAUAAUCUUCUCUCACUACUAUUUGUUCUUCCUUUCCACUACAUGAUGGAUAUUAUGUUCUUUACUUUCAUGAGGUAUUUGAUAUUUAAAUGUCAUCACAGGAUAUCAUACCGUCAGAGGAUGAAUCCUUUUUCUCUCUGCCUGAUCUUUUCUCUCUCACUGUUUGUGUGUCCUAUUGCCUUAAUUAAAGCAAAGCAGGAGGUUCACCAAGUAUAUUUGUAAUGUAUAAAUCAAAUUAUCUUUGGGUUUCUUGGGAGUGUGGCCAUUCAGAGGUGAUACAACAAACAUGUAUCAACCAUUAUUUCAGUUUCUUUGUAAGUCUCAUCAGGAUAAGCUCUGUCCUCUCGCUCUCCACUUCUGACCAACAGUGCCUAAAUGUGCCAUCACUUUGUAUUAUUCUUCAUUUUAAGGGUUUCUUUUUGUAAUUAUUUUAACAUUUUGUGUACGGCAUUAUGCUUUAUUAAAGGUCUUUAUGCUAUGUUUAGAUUUAAACGUGCUUAAAUAUUUUUUUACUAUGUCUUUUUUUUUAUUUGAGCAAACAAGCAGUAUCAGUCGUAUCAGGCUGGUUUAAAUUUCUGCACCAGGACGGUUCAGCGAGAGUCAGCGAGGUUAUAUAGGAAAAAAAAAAACACAAACAGCACUGCAUAAACAUCGUUUUCAUAUCUCACAGGUCUCACCUGUGUAACUCAUCUUUAUAAUAACUCUACCCUGAACUGCUCUUUGGUUUUGUGGCUUUGUGCCAUCUCUCUCAUUGUUGCAUCAGAUUCAAUGCAAGGCUGCAUAAAGAGUAUAUUCAACAUGCUGUCGACAUGGAGGAUAAUUAUAUGCACCUCUUAAAGGCUUUUUAUGAAAUGUCUUUUGUGAAUAUGUUGCCUUUUUGUUAUGAGUCCUUCAUGCCUGGUUGUACAUGUACCACUAGAAAUAAAAGAGUGGAAAAUAAA